UGAAAACGAUAACAGAAUGAAACUCUAUGCGCGCGAAAGUUGCAUUCUCCUUCACCCUUUCCCGGAAAAUCCUCCCAAAUUUUCCCGGAAAACGCUCGUCCUCGUGACCUCGUCAUUCAUUCUCUCGCACUCCUUUCCACUCAUCAAUCUUUCACUAUCCACUGUUCCUCUCACUCCUCCCUUUCGCCACCGAGAAAUCACGAGCACUCUUCACACCGAUCGAAUCUCGUCGAUUUACUUUCUCCCACCGCGAUGGAUAUCGCGAACGGCGUCGUGUCGAAGAUGGAGGCGCUGGAGCGCGAUAAUGCGUCGAAGAAGGACGAGAUCCAGAGUCUGAAGAUGGAGAUCGAGUCGCUGCGGCGAGAGGCGGAGGAACUGGAGUCGGAGAUGAAUGCCGCUGAGGAGGCCGGAUCAGAGGCAGUGGUGCUGAGCAGCGUGCUCGAGGAUCGAGAGAGAAUGUUGAGGUUUCUGGAGAGGGAGACAAAGACUCUGAAGCAGAUGAACGCAGAGGGCGAGAUGAAGGUGCGCGAUCUGGAGCGGAGGAUCGGCGUUCUGGAAGUGCGGGAGAGCGAGGAGCGGUGCAAGAGAGUUCGCAUGGAGGAGGAAAUGAGAGAGAAGGUUUGCGAGAAAGAGAAACAGAUUGAAAGGCUGAAACAGAGAAUCAUAUAUUUGGAGGAAGCGAAGGGUGUGGAAAUGGAACAGAACAGCGAAAUUGAGGACGAGGAAGAGAAGAAGGGAUUAGGGUUUAUGUGGCCGCUGGUGGCAGCCGGAGGUGCAGCCGUGGUUGCUGUGUUUUAUUUCUAUUUCCGAAAACGUAGGUGACGCUUCAAGGCACAGUGAAAAAAAGAUCUACAAGGUUUGUGGAGUACCAAAUUCGCCAAUUGGUACCAAUUACAGGUUAAAUUUAGCUUUGAAGUUGAGUCAGAUGUGUUGCCACAAAUGUUUAGCAUACUGUCACUAAUUUGAGCAUAUCUUACUCAAUUUAAGCCCUAAAACAUGAGUUCUUCUUCAAAUCUUGUAAGGCAGGGUAG